CAUGGCCGUCGAGCCAAACAUUAAAGCUGCCAACGUAUGACUGUUACACGUACAAAUUAAAAAUAUGUCGUUUUCGGAUUUAUAUGCUAAAUAUAAUUGUACUUAUUGCCAAGAAGAAAUAAAUGGUGUUCGUGUAAGAUGUGCCGAAUGUAUAGAUUUUGAUAUUUGUUUGCAGUGUUUUUCUCUCGGUGCUGAAAUUGGACAACAUAAAAAUGAUCACUCUUAUCAGUUUAUGGACUCUGGUGCUUUUGGUAUAUUUUUGGGACGUACAAGUUGGUCUGCCAAUGAAGAAGUUAGACUACUAGACGCUAUAGAACAAUUUGGAUUUGGUAAUUGGGAAGAUAUUGCUAAACACAUAGAAUCACGAACACCAGAAGAGGCCAAAGAUGAAUACAUAACUAGGUACUUGGAGGGCAGCAUUGGGCGAGCUACCUGGGGUAAUGUGGAAAGUACAAGUCGGCCUUCACUUCACUGUGCAGAUAGAGAUGAAGGUCCAUUAGGACCUAGUGCAGUGUCUCGUCUUCCUCCCCUAGCAGUCACCGGAGAAGAAGCUUUGCAUUUAGGUUAUACACCAAAUAGAGAUGACUUUGAAAGGGAACAUGACCAUGAAGCGGAACAAUUAAUAUCAACAUUAUCAUUAAAUCCUGAUGAUGAUGAAUUAGAUGUCGCUCUCAAAUUGUCCCAAGUGGACAUCUAUACCCGCCGAUUGAGAGAAAGAACGAGAAGAAAAAGGCUAGUGAGAGAUUUCCAAUUAGUUUCUGUAUUCUUCAACAAUCAAAGAAACAAACAAAGGACGCUUGGAAAACUUGCCAAAGAGAAAAAAGAGUUCUUAGAUCGUUUGCGCUGGACUUCUCAGUUCUACGGUCGUGUGGAACAAACAAGCGUGGUUGCUGGUUUGUGGCGCGAGAGAGAGCUGCGGGUGCGCCUCGCUGAGUUGCACCGCUAUCGGCUGGCUGGUGUCACCAGGCUGGAGGAAUGUGCGCAUUAUGAACAGCAUGCAGCACAUAGGAAGCACCCGAAUGCUGCUAAUCACCAUUUAGACGGCAGCAGUGGGUGCCUGGAAAUCAACCAGACAAAAGACCAAAUGCAGAACAACAUGCUGCAGCCAAGAAAAAGAGAAGGAGAAAGCGGCUCAAGUUCCACCAGCCCAAAGUGCACACGGGACGGAAGUACCGCAUGUGGAUGCUCCAAAAAGAGCUCAUGCAGCAACAGCAACGGCGUUUGCUCGACGCAUCUUCUCAACAAUAACGAGAUACAGCUGUGUAGUGCACUUAGCAUGGCGCCGGCGCAAUAUGUGACGCUAAAGGGGGUAUUACUAAAGCGGGGAGCUAGUGCUGAGUGCGACGCUGACGUGGCUGUGCGCCGCUACCUGCAGGCAGUGGGCUGGUUGCGCGAAUAGCAAAGCGCCACUACCCCUGCCCCACCACCAGACCCACCCCCACUGCCAAUACACCCCGAGCCGGAGAACUCUGAACACAAAAUGUGGCUGCUUGUGAUCAAACCGCAGUAAUUGGACAAUACAAUUGUAAUGCAACAAAACAGACAAAUCGACUGGAUUUGGAAGACAUGUGAGUUACUUUCAAAUGUU